AUGUAAAGGCUAAACGGGAAACAGAAAAGAGAAGAAAAGCAAGGCCGGAGACGCCCAGCACACACGGAAAGAGAGAGGAAUAGAGGGGAAGCAAGAAGGAGGAGCCAGGAGAAGCUGUCUGUCAUUCAUUCAAUCAGCCUUCCUGCUCCAUCUUAAUUCAACUGAGAGAGAUGAGUGGCAGGUGCUUCUCUGUGUUAUGAGAAACACCCACCUCCCCUCUCCUCUCCUGCAGCAAUAUCAUCAUGAGCAACCUUUCCGCCUCCACCGAUCUCCAGCCGGCCGAUGGUUCGACCCGCCCCAUAGUGGGGUUCCCGCUGGGCACCGCCCUCCUUGUGCUCGUCAUCUUCUGCAUCAGCGGCAUCGUCUCGUGCUGCUACCACUAUGAGAAGAUCCGGUCGCUCCGCCGCUCCUCUGACUCCAACAGUGCCUCCGCCGAGCCUGCUGCCGAACCCCAAGACGCUGCCGCCACCGCCACCACCAAGAGCACGCCCUUUCAUCAGGAUGAGAACAAAGCAUUAGUACGUAAGAAUCUGGCAGAGAGUCUGGACGAAAACCAAAAAGCAUCGUAUCAAUUUGUGGGCUUGCUAGGAUCAUCAGUUUCCACUCCCUCCCCUGCUAGUGGAAAAUCACCAAACUCCAUGAUCGUGAUGUCCAAGUUCGUGACAGAACUUACUGCUCUCGCUCACCUACUGACAGAAGAAACAAGCUGAAAGACAAAGUUACACUGGACAGUUUCUCUGAGAUCUGUACGUCCCUGGUAACUACAAUAAUUUCAUUUGUAGAGAAGGCGUACAUUCUGUCCGUCCUGUCCCGUGAAACUAAUCAAGCAACCUCUUAAUUUCCUUAAACAAAAUCGUUUGGCUUUAAGGGACACAGAGUAACUGGUCGAACUAAGAGCAAAGCAAGUCCCUUGUUUCAAUACCGACAGAUACAAAGAAGCUAAGCUUAGAAUCAUGG